CUUCAUCACCAAGGGGGACGCCCCUGGUAUCACCCUUAAAUACAAUGGCUGCCUAUGGAGGCCCUGGUUCAGGUUUUGGGACUACGCAUGGCCGCGUAUGGCAAGGCGGCUACAAACGAUGAGUGGAUCCAAAUGCCGACAUUGGCUAAGCUCUCCAGCUGGAACCGGAAGCAUACCUUGAUCUUUGGCCGUGCUGUGGUCAUCAGUAGCGUGGUGCUGGCCUCCCUAUGGCAUUGCGGCCACGCUGCUGCAUUGCUCUGCGAAGCUGCGCUAUGCGGGCAGGCUGGAGUGGUCCCGGUGUGUUACCUAUCGUUGGCAGCCGGCAUUUCUCCUCCAUUCCAUACCUUACGGCUCCCGAAGGUGACGCAAAUGAAGUGGAGAAGCAGCAUACCUGGUGGGAUAGGUGGGAGGAAGGGGAAGCUGAUGCAUGGAGGUACAUGCCUGCCUCUUAUGGCCCCGCGGAGAAUCGAUGGCUGCAGAUCUAGUCAUCAUCACAAACCUUGUUGUCAUGAUGACGAGUAUGUGUAUGGCCUACACCUUUCGACAUCAAAGAAGAUAGCUUUCCCAUUGCUUGCUACUCUCAUUUUCUUGUUUCGUGGACUGCUGCAGCCUGUGGUUGCGCUGAACACUUACGAUAGAUUGUACGCGAGGGGUGGAAGAUCCUUCUCUGUGAUCGAUCCCGAAACGAUGACAGUGGUCUGGGACAGUGGGGAUGCAUUUGAGGCCAACAUCUCCUCGCUUACUGCCAGCUAUUUCAACUCAAGGGGGUUCACCGAAGAGGAGUACAAGAUACAAUUGCAGCAUAGAAUUGAGAAUCAGACGAACGUACCAAUCAGACAAGACUGGCUAGCGGAUUUCCGUGCUGGGACAGUUGAUUCAAUGAGUACGAAUUUGGGAUGCCAGCCUAGGGCCUUAGUGAUGGGCAUGAUGAAUGGGCACAAGGACAGGUUUCUGUUUGUCGCUCUGAUCAAUCCAUCGGGAAUAAUGGUGUACAAUUUCACGGACCCGCUGGCACCCGUCUUUAAGUCAUGGGAAAAGCUCCCUGUGCAACAUCUCGAACCGGAAGCGAUGCAUUUCACGGCAGCUGAUGACUCCGAUGCUCCGUAUCUUUAUGUCAUCUGCGGAUUCAGUGCAAGUCUGCUGGUGUAUGCAGUCGAUGCCGACGGAGGAUUAGCCAUAGCUGCAAGCUAUGAUGGGACCGCGGGAAAGGAUCCUGUUCCAUUUGGGGCUAGACUGGUAAAUGGCCUUACAACCUAUUCGGCACUGGGUUACAUCCCCGAAGAAGACAGCAUCUAUGACGUUCCUAUAGUUGUCGUAGCCAACAAGUUCGCUCGCAGGGUCGACGUCUUUCUUGUUAAUAUGACAGAUGCACUGGGAUCGAAGAUCCAGCGCCUGGGUGCCAUCAGCUUGUCCUCCGGCAUAGCUGAGGGGAACUCCACAGAACGACUCUUCAGACCCGGUUUCCCCUCUGACGUGUACGUGCAGGGUAGCGUCUUAGCAAUCACCGUUGUGCCAUAUGAUCCUGCUGUGAACCCCAGCCUCCCAGUCGACGAACAGGGGGUGCUCUCCAGUGGUUCGAUUCUGUUCUUUCAGCUUAAAGUGGAAGGUACGAGUCCAUUCAAGUUCCUUGGUGCGGCAGCGACGGGUGCCUGGCCAAAGAAGAUUGUGUUUGCAGGCUCGAGGUUCUUGGUUGCCGAUUAUGCGAAGUGGGCCCCAAUCGACAGGGGCGCGGAUCACAUCGAUCCUCCAGGUGGCGUGACAGAGAUCAGACUGCCCAGUAAUGUGUACACUCUUGUGGGUGCUAUGCAAGAGAUGAAUACCAUAAGCAACGACUUUUCGAGCUAUGCCGUGCAUCUCCAAUUCGACAGCCUUAUCUUGGACGAGGAGAUCGAGCUUCCGGGGACAGGUUUGGUGGCAUCAGAUCCUCAGCCUAUAGACAUUGCCUUCUCCAACAACUCCAACAUUGCUUAUGUGUUGCUGAGGAGCAGCAACGCUAUAGCCAAGCUUAACGUUACGACUAUGCAGUUCAUGUCUGUGCAUUGGCUUGGUGCAAAGAACUACUCAUCCUCUGUAAGGAUUGACCCUAGCUCGAAGGAUGGCGGGCCGAACCUGAGGAAUUUUACGAACCUGUUCGGACUCUACAUGCCCAGCAGAAUGAAGGUGAUACCUGCCUUUCCCGGCUUAGGAAACCGCGAGUAUAUCAUCACAGUGAAUGAAGGGGAGGACACAACAAUGCGUGGCGGUAAUGUGACCGUGAAGGAUCUGGACCUCGAUAACGGUACCUUUCCAAAUGCGGAGGAAUUGAAAAGUCCAGCGAACUUGGGCGACUUGAGGGUUGUGAGGUGGAAGGGGUUGAAGUCACAGGUGCACACACAGCUCUAUAAUGGCCUCACAAGGACAGCGGAAACUGAGUGUGACAACUACUCCUAUUUUCAGUUCGACGUGAGCGCUAGUCAAGUCUGCAUGGACAUGAGAGUCAAGUUGCUGGCGAUGCAAGGAACUCCGGACAUUUAUGUGAGCAAGGGAGCUGCCAUCAACCCAGAGAUUUAUGAUCUUACAUGGGCGAACUACGAGCCAACGUCAGAUAACGUUGAAAACUUCGUCAUCACUCACUUGGAUCCGGAGUUCGAACCCGGAACCUACUAUUUCGGAGUGUACGCCUACUGUCAACCUACACUGAGGCAGGCAGCUAUGUACAACAUAACAGUCUCGCUGGAGGAGCCCGCAAGCGGCGGAGGAAACGAUCCCGCCAACAAUGAUCUGCUGGCCCUCCCCGCGUUCAAUCGUCAGCCUCGUGUGGAUGGCCUUUCCUACUACAGCUUCUGUGUGAGUCAUCCUUGCUCUCCAAUCACUGUGAACAUCAGCGACUGCCGGGCUGGUGCCAACUACUGUCCCGAGGUGCUCGUGUCGACUAGUGUUCUGAGGCCUACUGCUGAGGAUUACACAUGGAAGACAACAGGUGGUCGGCGCGCAGUUACCAUUGCUCCUUCUGACCCAUACAACAAAGCUGGUGUCUUUUACGUCGGAGUCUUCAGUCGGUGUACCGAUUCGGAUCCUUCCAAGUGUGGAACGCCUUCUCCAGACUCUGCAUAUAAUCUCACAGUGAGUUACAAUGCAACAUCGCCCAUCGAGUGCCCAGAAAAGCCAAAAAAGGUGGUGAUUUCUCCUUGGCCCGUAACCCUUGAGGAGAAUGUGGUGGUGAACCAGUCGACGACUUGCGGAGGCUACAGCUACUACUCCGUCAAGGUAGAUAACCCAUGCAAUGACCUGGUAAUCGAGGCCGUGCCAUCGUGUCCCACAUGUGGUGUGCCUAGAAUCUAUGUGUCGAAAGAUUACGUCUCCUCCCCGACGGAUGCAGAUCGGACGUGGACAAGCGCGGAGUCAGCUGGCAAAUCCUCCGUCACCGUGUCAGCGUUCGACAGGGACUUCUCCUCUGUGGGCAUGUUCUUCGUCGGGGUGCGUGCUGACUGUGCAGCGGCGACACCCGGCGGCUCUUCGCCUGUUUCGACGGCCACCUACUCUAUCGUUGCACGGUUUUCAACCAGCCAUGUCUACAGGUGGCAGAAUGUCACUAGCCUGGACAUGAUGAACAAGAUGAUCUUCAAUCAACCUGUCUCUUCUCCUCUUGGUUAUGAUUACUACCACUUCUGCGUUGGGAACUUUUCCAAUGGUGAUGUGGUCGUGGAACUGAUCAAUUGCGUUACACCGUCUCUUUGCCCUGACACGUACUGGUGGCCCGAGAUGCUAGUUUCAAAGUCCAGGUGGGCGCCCACAGUGAACGACCGUGCCUGGAGACUGGCGCAACUGGACCGCAACAACAUUACUCUGAGGGCUACAGAUCCCGACGUACGCCCUUGGGGAGGCCAUUACUUCGUCGGUGUUUAUGCUUGGUGUAAUACGGACUGCAAUGCAUCUUUGUCGAGUGCCUGUGCCCCGUGUGGCAACAUUCCGAACAGUGCCUACAAUCUGUCAGUGCGCCAGGGGGCCUCCCUUCUCGAAAUGGUAGCGCCUGUGAUGGAGACAUCACCUCUCCAAGCCACAGCAUCCACGGCUUCGGUAUUGAAAAAAUCUGCGGCGAGGGUUCGAUUCUCCACCAGUUCCUGGAAGGACUUGUUAUGGAGAAUUGCGAUUGCCGGUGUUGUUGCUGCCCUUGGCGUGCCGCGACCAUUCCAGCUGCUGGCAUGAGCACUGAGCAGCAGUAGUCGUUUUCAGAUGGGAUGCUUUGGCUGUUCAAUCCUUUGUCCUUUUCCCAUCAGUCUGUUGUAUCAAAACUUGUAUAUGACCAUCGGUUGUGGCGGGAUUCGAUACUAGGUACUUUUUUUGGCACGGCAAAUGUCCCUCAAUUCUUCUCAGUGGGGACGGUUUAUGCUCCGUACUCGCCGUGUGGGAGCUGUGGGGAAUACACAACUGGAGGUUGGAAACUUGGGGCAGGAUUUGCCUUGUGAAUCCGAGAAAGUGGAGGUUGGGUGGAGGCAGGUGGUUGCAGUCAUUCUGCUCUAGCAGUGAGAAUCUAUGGUAAGGAAGCCGUUCUUCGGACUCCUCUCCUCCUUUUUCUGUGUGCGUGGUGGUUAAGAGGAGAAGCACAAUGUUUUCAUGCAUCUUUAACGGCAAACGAGGGCGCUGAGCACUCCUCUCUGUACAGAUCGCUGCAAGAUCGGCAAAUGUGGAUCGGUUGUUAAUUGCGCUUUGACCAGAUGAAAUGUUUUCUAAAAAUAAACUCCAUAGAUUAAACUCUCUUUCCCCUCUUACUUCAGCAAAUGGUUCCUUGUCUCCCUUGUCCAUCUUUCUUGUGGAAUUCUUUGCGCAAGUGUGUGUGUGUGUGUGUGUGUGUGUGUGUGUGUGUGUGUGUGUGUGUGUGUGUGUGUGUGGUUUUGUCUGCUUAUGUACUUCCAAAUAAAGAUUAAAUCUAAGUGUCAGGGGCCGGGUGCCGCUCAGUUAAUAACUUAGUAAUAGUUAAUAUCCAUCAUGUCCCGGGCAUAAGUAUUGGCUCCCUCUGUGUCAUUAGACUAAGUCAUAUGAGUUGAGAUGAAACUGUGUCAUAUAUUGCAAGGGUAAGUGAGAUAUGCACGAGCAUCACUCAGGCGAGCGGGGACGGUAAUCUGCGGCCGACUGGUGGAGGAGACACGUUUAUCGAGCAGGUGAGUAGGUAAUUAGUUUGCUGACUUACCUCCUCCUUGUCUUUAGGUUCUCUAUUUUGGCCUCCAUUGUUGUCCACGAACCUUCACUCAGGCGAGCGGGGAUGGCCUCCUUGUCUCUAACUUCUCUAUUUUGGCCUCUCCUUACCUCCAGUUCUCUAUUUUGGUCUCCAAGCUGUGUAUCUGGUGUGUGUCGACUCCUCUCUUAUCUCUGUCUGCUCUUUCCUAAAGGUACGUGAUAAUUGUCAAUUUCAUCAUUUCACCCCUUUCGGACGCUUUCAGCUGUGGUGGGGGAACGUUGUGGUUCUGUGAAUGUGGUGGCAUAAGUGUGCCUCCUGUCUUUUUUUGUACAUAAGAGAAAGUAGGUAAGGUAUUGUUUUGAAUGAGAGAAAUAGUUUUUUUGCCUGUUCAGACUUCAAAGCUUGAUUCUUGACUGAGACGUAUUUUUGCCCCAAGUAGGUAAGGUUUGGUGGCUUGGAUAAGACAAAUUAGGUAAGGUUUGGGUUGGAUAAGACAAAUUAGGUAAGGUUUGGAUUGGAUAAGACAAAUUAGGUAAGGUGUGGAUUGGAUAAGACAAAUUAGGUAAGGUGUGGAUUGGAUAAGAGAAAUUUCUGAGAAAAUAGGUAAGGUUUGGAUUGGAGAGAGCUGCUGCUGGAUUCUGGAGACAUUAGCCUCCAUGUC